AUGCAGCUGUCUCUUUCUACCGUCAUGCACCACACUGUCUCUUAAUAGGCUUCAGAUUUUCCCUUUAUAUUUAACAUUUGGCCAUGUCGUCUGCAGUCACAGUCUCGCUCAGGAUGGCCUCACAUUUCAGACCCUUCUUCCACAUUACUGUCUUUUUAUUGUGUUUCACGAUGGGCAGAAGUCACAUUUCCUGCAGAAAUGAAGCCGAUGAACCCGUUGACUGGUUUAUUAUCUACAAACUGCCAAAGUUUAAGAUUGGAGAGGUUGGCAGUGGAGUGGACUACAUGUACCUGGAUUCAGCAGGUGGGGGUUGGCAGAGGAGUACAUUUAUGGUUAACACGACCCAAGGAGGAGCCCUGGUCAACACUCUGAAUCAGCUGUACAAGGGAAAGGCCUACAUGUCCAACAGCUCUGUUUACGCACUCUACAAUGAUGGCGCACCAGAGCUGAAAUAUAUCCACACUUAUGGACACAGCAAAGGGGUUCUGCUCUUUGACCGCUCUCAAGGUUUCUGGCUGUCCCACUCCAUCCCCCAUUUCCCUUCCUUCCCUGAGCGAGGCUACCAGUACCCCUCCUCUGGCAAACGAAACGGCCAAACUGCCCUGUGCAUGACCUACCCGUAUGCGCAGUUUCUCAGUAUAGCACAGCAGCUGGCCUUCGUUUACCCACGUUUCUACAACUGCUCCGUCCCCUCGGCGUUCUCAGCUGAUCUACCACAGCUUGUCCAGCUGUGUAAGGGCUCCAAAUUGCCACUGACCUCAGACAGAGGAGUUAAGCCCCUUUUUUCUCUCAGUGGGGAUAAAUUUGUGAGCUUUAUGAAAUCGGAGCUUUUUGUGGAUGAUAUCUACAACGCCUGGGUGGCGCAGGCCCUGGACACCGAUCUUCUGGUGGAGACUUGGCAGAGGCAAGGCCGCGAGCUGCCCUCCAACUGCUCCCUGCAAAAGCACACGAUGAACAUCAAAAGGAUUCAGCUUCCUCCAUCAGUCCAGUUCGAGUCGCGCUAUGACCACUCAAAGUGGUGCGUGUCGCCAGUUGACAGGGUGACCUGCCUGGGGGAUCUGAACAGGGUCAAGGCUCAGAUGCUUCGUGCAGGGGGGCUGAUCUGCUCCUACAACCCAGUGAUUUACAAGGCCUUCAGAAAGGCAGUGAACUGGUACAUUAGCUGCUAAACAAGGCUGAAUAAAUUUGAUUGAGUUUGAUCAUUUGUAUUUUAAAAAUCUGCCUUGUAACCCUCUAUGAAGUUUUAUCUAACAAACGGUCCUACUUUUCCCUUAGAGGUAUUUUAAUCAAAGUUAAACUCAUAACCCUUCACAAUUAUUAGGAAACCUGGAGCUUUGUACAACAGCCUUUAAAAUAGUUACGGGGAUUUCAAUAUAAAUAUGUUCAAAUCACGGUAGUCAGUGUGACUGAGAUUUGUUGGAUACAGUUUAAUUGAUCAGUAUGAUUACCAAGAAGGCUUUUUUGUGGCCUAGUCAAAGGCCAUGUUUUAGCGAAACACUUCUGUGCACAGCGACCUAUAGAAAGCGUUGCUUGCUUUCAGCAAUUCUUGUUUAUAGCUUUUACCAUCAACAGUGGUCAUUGCUUUUUCACAUAAUUUGGUUUAGAUAGCAAGGCAGGGCAAGGCAAGGCAAAUUUAUUUGUAUGGCACAAUUCAGUACAAAGACAAUGCAAAGUGCUUUUUAGAUGGCUUUUUUCUUACUAUGAUACUAAAUAUACUAAAUUGUUACUAUCAUUUAAAAAAAAAUCACAAUUUAAAAAGCUUUUUUUUUUAGGUAUUUACUCAGGUUUUCUUUGUCUGAUAUUGAAAUGUUUACAAUAAUCCCACACUUCAAUAUGAAAAUGUAUCCAUAAAAAAUAUAAAACUGUAAGAAAAAAUUAAUGUUUUAAAGUACCAUAAAAAAAAAACUGAGAAAAUGUAAAGCAUCAUGUGUUUUUCAAUUAAAAUCCAGUUUGUAUAAUUAAUUUUCCCAUUAAACAGCACCUUCUAGUGGUGAGACUGGUGGAAUGUGGUUAAAACUUAAAGUUUAUGGCUUUUCAUGAGCAUCCAGCUACUUUCCUCCACCAACUUAUACUUAGACUUCUUUAUUUGUCAUUUUGUAUGCACAGAGUGCAUACAGAAUGAAAUUGUGUUACAUACAGCUUAUGAACAUUGCAUUGAUAUUUCAAAUGGCACGAGUUAUACAGAAAGUGCAGCAGUGGUCAACGUGUAAAACAGUGCAGAGGAUAAAGACAGUAUGCAAAUUGCAAUGGUUCAGUGCAGAUAGGCAUUUGUGCAAAAAAUGCGUUAUUUAGAAUAGAAAUGAGAUGAACUUAAAGGGCUAAAAGUUAAACGUUCAGCAGCAUUUGAUGCCUGAUAGUGUGCAAUAGGUGCAGAGUUCGGUUUGUGGAUCAAAGGUUCAACAGUCUGAUGGCAGUGGGGAAGAAGCUGUUGCAGAACCUGGUGGAUCUGCAGCGGAGGGCAGCAGGGACAACAGUCCAUGGUGGGGGUGUGAGGGUCUUUGAUGAUAUUACGGGCUCGGGACACACAGCGCUGUGAUGAAAUGUCCUUAAUGGAGGGAAGAGGAGCCCCAAUGAUUCCUUCUGCUGUCCUCACCACCCUCCUCACGUUCUUCCAGUCGGAGGCUCUGCACACCACAACGACCAUAACAACUUGGAGGCUUUUGUGUUUGAGUGUCUUUUCUUUCAAAAAUAUUUUCUUGAAAGAAUUGCUUGGAACAUCAAUUUAUAUGAUCCAUUUUUAUAUCAUUUAUUAUGUUUCUAAAACAGUAAAUGUAAAAAGCCUUCCUCUUUUGUAUUCAUGCAGCUUUUCAGAGUGGGAUCCAUCGAUAAGUUCUGUGUGAAUUGUUCAGAUGAUGCACAGUGAGAUUUGCAGCGACAACUUCUGCUCCUAUUUGUAUAAACAACAUGGAAGUGUCAGCAGGUUUGAGGCAAUUAAACUUUUAAAGCGCUUUCGUUUCCCAAUAACUGCUCUUUGUUAAAAACAGUAGACAAACAGGUUACAGCAGGUUCAUCAGGUGAAUUACAGGUGCAAUUUUUAAAAUAUUUUUUCACAUUGAUGGUUUGUGCAACAAGGAAGCGACUAAAGUGUGAAAAAAGCGUGGGUGUCAGUUUCCUUUUGACACUGGCGUAUGACACAGCAGCUUUUCAAACAGUUUUGUAGUCCAGUUUGAAGGCAAGUGACGAUGACAGCGCAUGUGAGUUGAACAUUUAAAGGGAAAUAUUAAUAACAGAAAUAAAUAAUUGUAAGCUGAGUAAAAAUAACAUUGAUAUAACUUAAAAACAGAACAUUUGGAAUCAAUGGUAGUUUUCAAUCUGCUUCUGUUUAUGUACAGGGUUGUCAAAAGAAUUAAAGCUCACAAAGUGAAAGUAGUCUAAUAGCUAUGCUUUGGUUGUACGUAUUGUUAUUUUGAAUAAAUGGUAAAAAUGUAUGCCAAUUAAUAUAGAUCCUAACUGUUGGAUUGACUUUGUUUAAACGAAUAGUUGUGUUGCAUCACUAAGUUGUAUCAGGAAGUGCCUUUUGUGGGUAACCAGAACUCUAAUAAGUCAUUAGAAAUAGAGAGGUUUCCUAAAAAAGAGGAAACAUGUAUUCAGAAAACAAAAAAUAGCAAUCUUGUAUAUUUGCAAAAGGUUGUAACAUAAAACAACAAAGAGUUUUGACACCUGCUAUAAUGAGGGGAAACCAUUAUUAGUAUGUAAAACACUAGACCACACAUGUAUAUUUUGAAACACUGGAAAAGAGACAAUUUUCUGCAUAUUUUGCUUCCAAGGAGCCAAACAUUCAUUUUAAAAUUGGAAACUCCUGUAGAUCAAUGGGGUUUCUUUGGGAUAGGACUGCUUUUUCUUCAUUAGUCUGGUCCUUCUUUACAAAUAAGCUUUCCAUGCAGAGUUUA